AUGGCUCACCAUGAACAUGAAUAUAACUCGUUAAAAAGAAAUCGCUCUUCCUCAUACCCGGCCAGAAAUGAAAUUGAUUUUGGCCCAAAUAAAUCUAAUAAACAUUCAAGGACUGCCACUCCUAAUAAUCGUAUCGUAGCAGAUCAUUACAACUCGAAAGUUGAUGUUGGAGUUGAAAUACGUCGAGAAUCUACAAUUAUUUAUCUUAGAAGUUUUAAUAAUUGGAUAAAAAGCGUUUUAAUUGGGAAAUAUGUUAAGAGGGGUGAAAGCGCCCUUGAUUUGGGUUGUGGUAAAGGUGGUGAUCUAUUUAAAUGGAAUAAAGCAAAAAUCAAUAAAUUAGUAGGCUUAGAUGUUGCCGAAGUAUCUAUAGAAGAUGCAAGAAAGAGAUGGGAAGAAAUGAAAGGCAAAAAAUUUGAAGCAGAAUUUCAUGUUUUGGACUGUUUUUCUACAUCAAUAUCGACCAAAAUCCAAAGCGAUAUAUUAUUCGAUAUUGUUAGCAUGCAAUUUUGUGUUCAUUAUUCUUUUGAGACCGAAGAGAAAGCACAUAUGGCUUUAAAAAAUGUCACAUCAAACUUAAAACGCGGAGGAAUAUUUAUUGGAACUGUCCCCGAUGCUUAUUGGAUAGUUAAAAAACUGAAAUCGUUGCCUAAAGACCAAUUGAAAUUUGAAAAUCCAAUAUACUCUAUAAGGUUUGAACAAAGAGACGAAUUUCCAAAAUUUGGUCAUAGAUACUGGUUUUAUCUUAAAGAUGCAAUAAAUGAUUGUCCAGAAUAUCUUGUACAUUUUCCCACCUUUGAAAAACUAGCCAACGAAUAUGGACUUCAAUUAGAAUACAAGAGAAGAUUCCAUGAUUUAUACAAUGAAGCUAAAGAAGAUUCACAUUAUAAGGAUCUUUUAUAUACUAUGCGUGUCGUUGAUAGAUUCGAUGAAGAAGAAAUGUCUGAAGAAGAAUGGGAAGCUACGGGAGCUUCCGCCGGUAUCGGCGAAGCAUGUGCUAAGGAAUUUGCUAAAGCUGGUUCAAAUUUGAUUCUUGCAGCUAGAAGAAUUGAACGUCUUGAAAAACUUUGUGAAGAACUUUCCAAAAAUCAUCCUUCAAUUAAAGUAUCCAAACAUCAAUUAGAUGUUCGUGAAAAAACACAAGUUGAACAACUAAUUUCAUCUAUACCUUCAGAUUUGAAAAACAUCGAUGUACUUGUUAAUAAUGCUGGAAUGGUUAUGGGGAAAGAUCAAAUUGAUAGUGUUACAAGUGAAGCUAUUGAUACAAUGAUUGAUACAAAUGUUAAGGGUUUGUUAUAUGUAACUCGGGCGAUCCUUCCAAUAAUGAAAGAUCGUCAAAAGGGACAUAUAAUUAACGUCGGAUCAGUUUCAGGAACUCAAGUUUAUGUCAAUGGUGGCGUAUACUGUGCUUCAAAACACGCCGUCGAUGCGAUUUCAAGAACCUUGCUUCUUGAAUUGGUUGAUACACCAAUUAGAGUGACACAAAUUAAUCCAGGAAUGGUAGAAACCGAGUUCUCUAUAGUUCGAUUCGGUGGAGAUAAAACAAAAGCUGAUAAAAUUUAUGAAGGCUUG